AGAUUCCUUAAAACAACAUCUGAUCAUGGUCCCUGACAUAAGAAGAGAAAAGUUUGUUGUUCCAGCUGAGCCCGUGACUUCACUGUGAGCAGUGUGUGAGGCUCUCAGGAGCAGAAAGGCUCUGCAGGAAGCUCUCAGUCAUGACUGUGUGAGCAGUGAGACAGGAGCCGGGCGCAGAGCUGCCUGCAACACCUCCUCUCCUAAAACUUCAACCAACAACCGAGGCUCAAUCGACUUCCUAUUAUGUUUGUAUGGAAAACGUAUUGGAGUUUCAUUUGAUGGCUUUGCAAUAUCAGGAAUUGGAUUUGGUGGAGAAGAAAAGGCAGUUUGACUGGAUUAUAUGUGGAUGAAAUUAAGUUUUUGGAGGAUUGGACUUUUGGUGCCAGGGCCCUGCGGUUUACUGCAAUGAUUUUUUUGUGAUUUUCUUUGAAUGCCUGCUGUAAUUUUCUGAAAAGCGCAGAGAGCUACAGCCUCCUCCUGUUAUGGAAAACCUCACCAUGGAUAACAUGACUGUGGAGAAUGACACGUCGGUGCAGGACAAUCAGACCCUGGGUGUUUGGACUGACUACACAGUUGAAUACAAAGUGAUCAGCGUGUUUUUGGUGUCCCUCAUAUGCGGGGUGGGGAUCGUGGGGAAUGUGAUGGUCAUACUGGUGGUCCUGACCACCAAACACAUGCGGACUCCCACUAACUGUUACCUGGUGAGUCUGGCCGCGGCUGACCUGAUGGUCCUGACGGCCGCCGGGCUGCCCAACAUCACCGACGCCCUGUACGGACAAUGGGUGUUCGGGUAUGCGGGCUGCUUGGGGAUCACUUAUUUCCAGUACCUGGGAAUAAACGCGUCCUCCUGCUCCAUCACCGCCUUCACCGUGGAGCGCUACAUCGCCAUCUGCCACCCCAUCAAAGCGCAAUUCCUGUGCACUUUAUCCAGGGCAAAGAAAAUCAUCAUGCUGGUCUGGGCGCUCACCUCUGUCUACUGCGUCAUGUGGCUCUUUCUGUCAGACACUACAAAGUUGGUGUAUGACAACGUGGUGCUGCUCAGCUGCGCCUACAAAGUGUCCAGGAGUCACUACCUGCCCAUUUACUUUACAGAUUUCGCGGUGUUUUACGUGCUGCCUCUGAUGCUGGCCAUGGUUCUGUACGGACUGAUCGCCCGGAUUCUUUUCCUAAACCCGCUGCCUUCAGAUCCCAAGGACAGCACCAAGAAGUGGAAGAAGCAGGCGAGUCAGGGAGGGAGGAUGAUCAGCACCAGCUCCUCCAGCACCACCACGGCUGCCUCCCGCAGACAGGUGACAAAGAUGCUGGCUGUGGUGGUGAUCCUCUUCGCCUUACUUUGGAUGCCCUACCGGACCUUAGUAGUGGUCAACUCCUUCCUGGACAAGGCCUACCUGGACACCUGGUUCCUGCUCUUCUGUCGUCUCUGCAUCUACCUAAACAGCGCCAUCAACCCGGUCAUCUACAACGCCAUGUCCCAGAAGUUCCGCGCUGCUUUUAAGAAGUUGUGUCACUGCGGCCCUCAGCGUAUGGAGAAACCAGCUUCUUACAGUGUGGCACUAACCUACAGUGUGAUCAAGGAGACGUCCAAUGGGGAAAGUCCCGACCACUUCACUACAGAAAUGGACGAGCUAAACACGCCGACAGAUCAGUACUUACCAUCCAACAUCCUGCCAAGUGCCAAGAAGAUGCCGUUCGAGGGGCCAUCCCUGUUGGGGAGUGAUGUCAAAGCCUGACUGAAAACAAACUUUCCACCUAAAAAGGAUAGCAGAGAUUCUGACAGCUGCAGUAUGGAACCAGUCACCCAUCCAAUUUAAUUUUUCCAAAGUUUUACUCUGGGAAACGUUUCUUUUAUUUCAUGAGACCAUUUGCCAAAAGCAUGUCAUCAAGUUUAUCCUAUAGUUGCAUGAUUGGUUUGGUUGAAGCAAACUGCUUCCAUCCACAUCCUCCUCCCUCUCCACUCUAAACAGAACCAGACUCUGUUAAAUUAAACACUACAAUAUGUCACACUUAACAGCAGGAAGUUUCAGAAGUGGAUAUCAUAGGGCUGAGUGAUAUGGCAAAACAUUUCAUCACAAUACAUUUUUUUCACAUCGGUCUACAGAUAUUUAUCAAGAUAUAAAUUAAGUCACUAUUUUUGUUAAGGUUAAGAUUCCCUAGUGGGUGCAGAACCGGAAAGACUACCAGGAAUUGUGUAAGCUGCAGACAGAAUCUAUUUAAAUGAAUAAAUUAUACAAAAAUAAACAAAAACUCUUCAAUCCUGUCAGUGUAUCCUGAAGUGUGAAAUGUUUACAGCCAUGGAGCUUAUAUCUUGGGUCAGUUACUUCAUCAGUUAAAAUAGUAAUGUCACAGUUUGUUGCAGGGGUGUUUCUCAGAGAGCCUCGCUACUCGUUCAUGUGGGUGGGUCUAAUUACUGGUGAGAGUGCAAGCGCUUGCAUUCUGCAGGCAUUAUCAGAUGGUGAUGCUUUAGGUUUAACUUAGUUCCUGGUAUUUCCCGUCUUUGUUGACACAGAUUUUUGGCUUCAUUAAGAGUAUACAUCACCUACAGUAUCUGUUUCAUGUUGGACUUAAGUUACAUUAGCCUAGCCCUGUUUGGGACUGUGUUAUCAACUUUGUGGUCAAACAGGACUUUAAUGAGCCAAAGUAACGCCACACCACAGACGUUACCUCGUUUAUCCACAGCAGCUCUUUACAUUUAAGGUUGUGACUGCUGAGCUGUCGCUUUCUGUACCGACACAAAUCCUCAAAGGAUGUGAUCGUCUCUCCCACCUAACUAUCCAAAUCCUUAUACCAGAACAAUAGCGUGUGAUGUGUUUAGCUAACUCAACUAACCCCACAGUGCCUAUCUAAGGGAGUUGUCAGCUUCUAAAAGAGUGCCAUAUGACCAGUGUUUUUGUCAGUAACGAGUUGUGUAAGGGAUUACAAUUUGAAAUUCAGUGAUUGCAUUACAGUUACUAAUCCCAGUAAUGCGCCUUUACUUUCACAGUUUGGGGGUUGACUUGUUGUCUGUCUUACUGGUAGUUUGAUGGAAGGUUUAUCAGUUUGGUUCACGGGUUAAGAUAAGAUAAGAUAGAACUUUAUUUAUCCCGAGGGAACUUGUUGUGCAGCAGUUGCAGUACAAAACAGGAAGAGUGCAAAUAUAUAGAGUGCAAAUAUAACAAAUCAAUAAGGUGCAAAUCCAAAAUAUACACAACGCCAAAAAAUAUAACAGGUUAACGGUAAGGAUCACAAUAUCUGAUCUGAGGUACAGGUGAGUGUAUAUGGUUAAUUCAAAAUGUUCAAUGAUUAUGUCAAUGAUAGUGAUGUCCUAUUAUUGCACAUUAUGUCCCAUAAUGUUCCAUAAAUCAGAGAGUUGUAAUGGUUGUAAUAAUAGUCGUCGGAGAACUUCUGCAGGUGGCAGGACUUGCAGUUGUAAGUCCGAGGUGUAGAGGGUGAACAGAAAGGUGACAGGACUGUCCCCUGUGGGGCCCCUGGUCACUGGAGGUGUGGGGAGGAGGGGAGCCUUCAAAAAAGAAAUGCAACUAGCAGUGACUCCAAAGUUUUCUUAUAUACAUAUUGUGUCGUAGUAGCUGUCUUGCUAACGUGACUUCAUGCAGUCACUGGGGCUAACGUCAAGCUAGCUCUUGAUGGUCAGUAAAUACCUCUGUAGGCUGGCUGCUCAUCUCGUUUUCAUGUUCUACACGUGUUAAAUACAUAAGCUGUAACAUGUGGGUGUGGAGGCUUUGAAGUUGUUUAAAAGGCUUGAUGGACUGGGCUGGGUAACCAAAGUAAAGUAACGCGUAAUGCAACAAAUUUGAAUUACUUUUGCCGUUGAGUAAUUAGUAAAGUAACGUAAUUACUUUUAAAAUUAACACAGCAUAUGACUGCUUGUUAAGCCCUCGUUAGCAUCUCUUGUGUACUGUGCUGGGGACGGUAAGGAUUUGUAGGACACGCUUUGUUUCUGUGUUGGGAUUGGGUUAAUAGUACGCUGUCAAGCAAUCUAAUUUAUCUACAGUGUACAAAUUUUCUAACUUUCUUAUCAAGGAAAUGUUCUAUCGUUAUCAGUGUUUACAUCGCCCAGACAUAGGAUACUAUCUCAGUGACACCCAGGUUUUACUAUCAAGUCUUUCCUCUUUGUUCAUGUACCUCCCGACCUGAAACCAUGUAAUUCAAAUGAAUCCAAAUGCACAACACUGUGACAUCAUGCUACUAGAGAGAAAGCACAUGGAAUUACAUGACCUUUUGAAAGCAGAACAGGACAGAUAUUACAGACACUCACUUAAACCUGCUGUGUCAAUUUAAAAUCUCCUUAACUCUAAUUAUUUCUGCAGGGAUAUUAGUCCUAACAGUGACAGACACACCAAAGCCUUACGUUGCUUUGGUCACAUGUGAAGAUGACCACAGUGGACUCUGUGAGGAGCCUGUGAAGGUCAGUGGUCAGUGUAUAAUAAUGAAGAGGAAAUGUGUAACUCUGAUGUGCAGACAGAGAGGCUGUUCGUCAAAGGGUCAGAUAACUGUCACGGCAGUAAUUCACUGAUAUUGGCUGAGACUGCAGAGUGCAGUGAUUUUCUGUGAUUUAUCAGCUCAGCAAAACCCACAGAGCAAUGAUGGAAUGUGUAAAUAGAUUUUGACAGAAGUGCCAUACUUAAGUUGGUGCAAUCCACAGUAUGUACACCCUGCUAUUAAAAGGAGAAUUUUCUGCUGUUUAUUUGAGCUACGUAUAUAAAUUGAAGAGCACUCAGAGGGAAUGAAUACUGAGUGAACUAAAUGAAAGGGACCUGUUUCAUACUGAGCAGCAGGCUUUUUUUGUCUAUACUGUAAAGUUGUUUGAAAUUGAUUGUGCAGUGCAAUGUGAAAAAUUAAAAAUUAAAUUAAAUGUUGUGUUUUCAAAUGUGUGCCAGCAAUUGCAUUUUUAAAGUAAUAGCUUGUUUUGAUCCAUUGUUCCAUCCGCAUGUUUUCUAUCAUUUCAAACCAGUCAGUGGAAGCUAAUAAGCUCCAAAGAGGACUAUGUGAAAAAAUGUAAAAAAACAAAAAAGGUUUGAAGUCUGUAAUUUGUAGCGUAGAGUACCUCUCACUUGUGCACCACUUUUAUUAAUUUCUCUGUUUGUUCUCAGUUGAAACGCACAGUUGUGAUGGAGAGGUUUUCUGUUUUGCAUGGUACGCAGUUUGCAGCAUGAACGCAAGCUUUUGUGAUGUGAACACAAAGAUGACAAAUUCUGAUACCUGAUGUAUUUCCAUCUGAGGCGACGCUUUGUGCUCAUUUCUGUCUCAAUAUAGCUUUUUUCUGCUCUUGCUGUUUGAUGGAUUGUUUUGUAUUUUGUAUUGUUCUUUGUCUAUAAUAAACAGAGACAAUAAUUGCA